UGCUCUGAGCACAGUACACACGAGGGUGGAGUGGUGUUUUUCAUCCGUCUAUUGACAAUUAAAUGUCAAGACCAUGGCUCCAGAGAAGGGCAAAAAGAUACCAACGUACAUAUGUUCUUUUCCGGACUGUCAUGCCGCCUACAAUAAAGCAUGGAAACUGGAGGCUCAUCUCUGCAAACACACCGGAGAGAGGCCGUUUCAGUGCGACCAUGAGGGAUGUGGGAAGAGUUUUGUCCGCCAGUACCACCUAUCGAGGCACGUCCUGAGCCACAGCGGGGAGAAACCCUUCAGGUGCACUGAGCCAGACUGUCCCGAGGCCUUCACCACUACUCAGAACCUGAAGAAGCACCUCUCACGCAAACACAAACCCGGAUCGACCCCGCCCCCCAAACCCGGAACGGCCCCGCCCCCCCAACCCGGAUCCACCCCGCCCCCCCAACCCGGAUCGACCCCGCCCCCCAAACCCAGAACGGCCCCGCCCCCCAAACCCGGAUCGACCCCGCUCCCCAAACCCGGAUCAUCCCCUCUCCCUCUCCCCAAUGGACAUCAGAAGGAACCGGCCACCCAACAUACACCUGUCAAGCUUUACAAGUGUUCUCGUGAGGAGUGUGGUCAGGAGUUCCGCAAGCACAGUCAGCUGAAGAGCCAUGAGAUCCAACAGCACACACAGCUGCUGUCCCUCACGUGUCCUGUGGAGGGGUGUGGCCGAGAGUUUGACACCUCCACCAAGUUGAGGCGCCACGAGAAAGUCCACAAAGGUUACCCCUGCCCAGAGGAGGAGUGUGACUUUGUGGGGAAGACGUGGACACAGCUGAUCAACCACCGCAAGGAGAUCCAUAGAGUUGCGGUGCAGCAUACCUGUGAUGAGUGCGGUCAGAGCUUCUGUGGCAUCUGGUAUCUACGGCAACACCAGCGAGUUCACCAGAAAGAACGCAUCGUCUUCAAGUGUCCUAGGGAUGGCUGUGAUCGUUCCUACACCACGCUCUUCAACCUCCAGUCUCACGUGCGUUCCUUCCACGAGCAGCUGAGAUCCUUCGUCUGCACACACGAGGGCUGCAGCAAGAGCUUCGCCAUGAAGCAAAGCCUACAGCGCCACCUUGUGAUGCACGAUCCGCUGAGGCGCAAACAGACGAAACCUCGAAAAAUCACCAAACAGCGGGAGAGGAAGGUGAGGAAGGCUCCUCCUAAGAGAUCUCUGGCGUCUCACCUGACCGGCUUCAACCCAGACUGCACCCUCACCUCGCUGGACGACCUGGAGGCAGAUGAUCCACUUACCGAGUCCAGAACCAAUACCCUUCCCCAGUCCAUAAACAGCCCCUUACCCUUACCCAGGUCCAGAUCAAGUCUCCUUCCUGAGUCCAGAACUAGCCCCCUCCCCGAGUCCACAUCCAAUACCCUCCCCGAGUCUAGACCCAAUAUCCUCCCUGGGUACACAACCACUACCCUUCCUGAGUCCAGACCCAAUCCCCUCCCCGCGACCACAACCAAUACCCUCCCCGAGUCUAGACCCAAUCCCCUCCCUGGGUACACAACCAAUCCCCUUCCUGAAUGCACCCUCACCAACCUGGAUGACCCUGAGUACACCAUCCUCACCUUUGAUAUCAUCGAUGCUGAUACUCCCCUUCCCGAGUCUAGACCCAGUCCUUUUCCCGAGUCUAUGACCAAUCCCCUCCCCCAGUCUAGAACCAGUCCUUUUCCCGAGUACAGAACCAAUCCCCUUCCCGAGUCUAGACCCAAUCCCCUUCCUGAGUCUAGACCCAAUCCCCUCCCCAGCGCUGCUCACCCUGCCCAGUGCCCUGAGGUGGCCGGCUGGCUGGCAAACUCUUUCUGCUCAACGCUCGACAUCCUGGAGUUAUGA